CUAGGGUCUGAGCUGAAGGCUGGAGUCUGAGCCGAGGGCUGGAAGGGGGUGAGCUGAGGUUUGGGAGUCUGAGCUGGGAGGGGUUAGCGGGAUAAAGGGGCCCUGAGUAAAAGGAUCCACUGUGAAUUUGGCUCUGAUUGAGCAAGAGGUAGGGGCUGUAAGUGUAGCCUGGUUGUGAACAGAAGUUGAUAGUUGGGAGUGUGAACAGGACUAGGUGUGAGCAGUGAGUGUAAAUAUUGGGCUGAGAUUGUGAGCAGCCUGAGCGUAAGUGUUGUGUGAAUAAAAGCUGAAUGUGUGGGCUGUUAGUAUGAUGGAACUGAAUGUAAGUUAGGGGGUGUGAUUGUGAGCAGAGAUUGGUGUGCGGGUGUAAGCAAGUACAUUGUGUGUAAACAAAACCCCUGGGAUCUGAUAUGGGCGUGUGCAUUCUCUGCACUGCUGUCCUAGCUUGCUGCAUUUGGAUCAGAUACAGGUACAGUGACCUGAGAGAUGGCAUCCAGGCUCUGUCGCUGGUCUUAUUUUGAGUGUCAGUCUCGCCCAGUCCAGUUGGUACAAGCCUGUAUCUUACCCAGUGUGCCCUGCCUUGCAUCGCAAUACGGGAACCCCACUGAUGAUUCACGUCAAAGCACGAAGCUCACCCUAUCCAGGGUCACGGGUCAAGCGUUUCCCUGUCCCUGACGGCUAUGUCAGCUGGAGCAUCCCGUGGCCAAAAUAUGAGCCAGUGGACUACACAGCAGAUAUCAUCAAGGCUGGACCCGAGUGGGCAGACCCUGACUUCAGGAUGGAAGGACAAUCUGAACAUGGUCCACGAUUCAAUGCAGUGGAUGGCAGAAUAGAUCGGAGAAGUUUUCAGGGUUGCUAUGAGCUAGAUGAGGACAAGCUGCCUCGGAAUCCAAUGGGAAGAACGGGAAUCACUUCUCGAGGACUGCUGGGAAAGUGGGGACCAAACCACGCUGCUGAUCCCAUUGUCACACGGUGGAAAAGAGAGGCCGGUGAGAAGGUGAUUCACGAGCUAUCUGGCAAACCCAUCCUGCAGUUUGUGGCGAUAAAGCGGAAGGAUUGCGGGGAAUGGGCAAUUCCUGGGGGAAUGGUGGAUGAUGGUGAGCUUGUGUCGGCGACCCUGAAGCGUGAGUUUGGGGAAGAAGCACUUGAUUCUCUUACUGCCUCCAAACUCGAGAAGGAUCUCUUGAGGACACUGUUCCAAAGCGUUUUCAGUAAGGAGAAAGCCAAGGAGGUAUUUGCAGGAUACGUGGAUGAUCCUCGGAACACCGACAAUGCCUGGAUGGAGACAGUGGCAACGAAUUUCCACGAUGACACAGGAGACAGUGUGGGACAGAUGGAUCUUCAGUCGGGUGAUGAUGCUGGGUGUGUCCAGUGGUCUGACAUUGACCAGAAGUUGCAACUCUACGCCAUGCACUCCCAUUUCCUGAAGAGGGUUACUGACCUCUGGGAUGCCCACUGGUAGCGAAGAAUGGUGAAUGAGGUGGUCCAAGGGACAUUAACUCAAAGCAAAGUCUACAACGAAUGAAGAAACUGGGAGGGGGGCAGGGAUGGGGUGGGGAGUUUGGUGGUGGUGGAGGAGUCUGAUUUGGAGCCUAGUAAGCCCCAGUUAAUUAGUGCAACACACAUAACAUUACCCAGAUCAAAUGUUUUUGGUCAGAGGGCACAGGCUGUGGGAACAGGGCCGAACAGAAACUCGACCCUGGCAGGGUCUAGUCGGGUGGGAUCAUGGCACAUGCUCAGUUCCAAUAUCAUAUACAAGUACGGUGCUGGCCUUGUCAGUCCAUUAGGACCAGCUAUACUGGCCUCAUUGGAGAGUUACUCAUUUCAGAUAUAACCACUUACUAAUUUUGAACAUUUUCUUCAUAAGGUUUUAGUCAAACAUUUUUGAAGUAACAUUGCACAAUCCGGGCAGAUUCUGUGCAACUAGAUUGGAAUGUCACUUAAAAAGAAUGGCUGUACAAUGUAGUCAAAGCAGAAGGAAUUUUAAUUCCCCUCUCCUUUUUCCCUUCCCAUUGCUCUUUGCCUCCCUCUCUUCUGUACCCCUCACCACCUUCCUUCUCUCCAGCCUCUCCUUUCCUCCUUUCUCCUUCCAUCCCUCUUCCCUCUUGCUUGGCUUUCUCUUUCCUCUCCCCUUCCCCUCAUGUUCUCCCUCCACCUCACCCUCCAGUUCUCUCUCCCCAACCUCUCAUGUCCCACUCUUACCAUCACCUCCCCCCGCCCCGACCUCCAGCUCAUCCUUGUCCCUCUCCCUCCCUUCUCUGCUUCCAUCCCCAUUCCCAUUCAACAUUAAUGAUAUUUCAAGGAAAAUGCAAAAAGACUUGAAAGCACUUUCACUUCACCGUAAAAGAAUAGAAGUCAACCUCUGACCUGUCAUUAAAAGUAAGUGUUUGAAAUGUAAGGACAAAACAUCUACUAAAAAUGCCUCUGUGCCCUAACUCAGACUGCAGUGAUUUGAUUCCACAUGCUGCCUCAUUAAACGGUAGGUUUAAGUUGA